UGUACACAUACAAACAGCAGUCUUGCGAGCAGCUGCGAUUACAUGUCAAACUGGUCAAAAUGGCCGAGCUGAUCGCGAUUCCGUUGAAGAAACCGUCUGACGUUGACGUGAUAAAGCCGCUCACCAAUGUCAUCAAGUCGACGUACAACAAUCCGAGCAAUCAGAAGGACUAUACGGACGCGAUCGCCGAGUUCAGCAAGCUGAGGAACAAUGCUCUUUGGCGAGCCUUUGAGAAGUACGAGAGUUCGUUGCAGGUUAUCUACAGUUAUUACGACCAGUUGAACGCUUUGGAGAAAAAGAUACCGGCUCACGAGUUGCAGAUACCGUUCAAGUGGAAAGACGCUUUCGAUCGUACAAUUUUUGGGGGAAAGCUUAGUUUAACAAUCAGUACAUUAGCAUACGAGAAGGUAUGCGUGCUCUUCAAUAUCGCCGCUUUACAAAGCGCCGUCGCCGCUACGCAGUCAUUAGAAAGCGACGAAGGUCUGAAACUGGCAGCUAAGUUGUUUCAGCAAUCAGCUGGGAUAUUUAAUUAUCUGAAAGGCAAUGUGAUGAUGGCUAUUCAACAAGAACCAACACCCGAUAUCAGUCCGGAAACCCUGGGAGCAUUGAGCACGUUGAUGCUGGCGCAAGCGCAAGAAAUAUUUGUGCACAAGGCGAUCCACGAUUCUAUGAAAGACGGUAUCGUCGCCAGACUGGCGGCUCAGGCAGAGGAAUUGUACGCAGAUGCUUUAAAUAUAUUUCAGAAGGAAAUCUUUCGCUCGUUUUGGGACAAAGAAUGGGUGCCUUUGAUAGGAGCAAAGCAAGCUGGUUAUUGCGGAAUGGCUGAAUAUUUUCAGUCACUUGUGUGCAAGAACAGCAAAUUGAUUGGAGAAGAAAUUGCUAGACUGGAGUACGCUGUAGACUGUUUCAAAGCUGCUCAGGACAGAUCCAACAAGCCGAGCUUGUUCCAAGAUUACGCGAAUAAAGCGCAGAGGAGUCUAACGGAGGCGAAGAAGGACAAUGACUUUAUAUAUCACGAGAGGAUUCCGGAUGUGAGAAGUCUGGAAGCUAUAGGAAAGGCCAGUGUUGCCAAACUACUGCCGCUUCCCGCGAUACUGAGUACCGACUUCAAAGAUCUAUUUGCGGAACUGUUGCCUGUUCCUGUGCAUCAAGCGUUGUCGACCUUUGAGAAUCGUCGUAACGAGCUUGUUAAUUACGAAGUUUCGAAUCUUCGUGAAAUGACUCAACUGUUGAACAGUGUUCUGGCGAGUUUGAAUCUACCGGCAGCUAUAGAGGAUACGAGCGGAACAGAAAUACCACAAUCGCUAUUGGAGAAAGCUUCUUACGUACGAGAUGCGGGUGGGAUACAAGCGUUGGAAGCGUCCAUGAAAGACUUGCCGGAUUUACUGCAACGUAACAAAGAGCUUCUUGAUGAGUCUGAGAGAAUGCUGAACGAAGAGUGUGAUUCUGACAAUCAGCUCAGAGAACAGUUCAAAGAACGCUGGAAGCGAACGCCUAGUGCCCGAUUAACAGAGCAAUUUACUAGCAAUAUACAAAAGUAUCGUGAUAUCAUCAAUAACGCGGUUUCUGCUGAUAAGGUGGUUCGUGAAAAAUUUGAAACCCACAAAGAAGGAAUGGAAAUUCUAAGUUUGGAUGAGGACGAGCUACGUAGAGCUAUUCCGCAAGGUUCGGCUGUUCAAGAGAGCAAUGUCGUCGCACAACUCAGAAAGCUGAUGGAGGAUGUGGAAACAUUAAAGGCUGAGCGAGACGCUAUUGAAAGUGAAUUUAAAUCUGCUACCAACGACAUGAAGAGCACGUUUCUUUCGGCUAUGGCUAAAGACGGGCUGAUCGACGAGCCGAAUUUGUCUGUCGAGAGUUUGGGAAAAUGUUACGGACCUUUGCAGAAACAAGUGCGGGAAAGUAUAGCGCGGCAGGAAAAAUUAGUCGCCGAGAUUCAGAGGUGCCACACGGAAUUUACAAACGAACAGGCUGGUUCUGGCAGCGCGCGAGAAGCGAUGCUCUGCAAACUGGCUUCCGCCUAUGAUGCAUUUAAGCAACUUAAGAGCAACUUAACGGAAGGAGCCAAGUUCUACAACGACUUAACACAGCUCCUGGUGGUUUUCCAAAAUAAAAUAUCCGAUUUUUGCUUUGCCCGGAAAACCGAGAAAGAAGAACUACUGAAGGAUUUGACAACAAACUUGAGUCAUUCUGGUCCCGUUGCAACACCGAACAUUCCGUCGCAUCAUGGCAGUGGGCCGUCGGGCGUAAACCAGACGGGGGAAACAGCCACGAGCGCUACGGCACCGUCACCACAGCUGCCUUACCCCGUGCAAGGUGGUAACAUGCCUAUGCCUUACGGCACCGUGCCGGGAACGCCGUAUCCAGCGUACGUUCCUCCACCGAUGCCAACAACAUACAACCCGUACGCCACGAUGCCGUAUCCCACGCAAGGAGGAUACAAUCCGUACCAGGCUAUGCCGCAAGCUCCGUACGGAGGUUACGCCACGUUGCCGCGUUACGGCGGUGCUAAUCCGCCGCCCGGUCAUCAUCAUCAUCACCAAUGGUGAAUAAAUUACUAAACGAGAAAACACGCAGCUCUUUAUCCAGAUGCUUACUGUGAUCUUCUCGCAGAUCACGUAAUGAAGUAACAUUCACUUUAUUCACAAGAUGUAAAAAGCUCUGCUAAGAGAUCAAAUAAUCAGAGAAUGGUACGAGGAUGUUUUACGUUUGUAUUAAUCGUUACGUGUUUUCAUCGAGUUCUUUAUCUAGACCGACUGUUACUUGCUAAGCUUUAAAUCCGCUUUGUCAACUUGAGUGUAGAGAGAGUUGAUGAAUCAAUUUAUAAAAAAUAUAUUUUGUAAAAAAUAAGCCAAUAUAUAUAUACGAGAUAUUCUA